CAACACGAAACCACGAGAUCACGAGGUGGAGCCGGAGGUAAGCCUCCCGUCACACGGGCAGCAACCGGGAGAUACAUCAAUGGAUGUUUAUGUGACCGGACAGAUAGGCAUCUAGGACCUGUCAGCUGACGCAAGUAUUCAGAGAUUGAGAGCUGAUGACGCCGGCAAUCCGAUUCGUAGCUGGCAAAGCAGCUAAAGGCCGCUUUGCAACCGGUUCCAUUCAGCUCCUUUGCCACGUCAAACCAGGAGCCAGUGCGAAUAGAGAAGGAAUUACCGCCGUUGCAGACGACAUCAUUGAUAUCUGCGUUGCGGCACAGGCAAGAGAAGGAGAAGCAAAUGCAGCAGUCAGGACCAUCCUCGCAAAGACACUGAAGGUACCGAAGUCUGAUGUUGAGAUCGCGAAAGGAAUGAAGAGUCGAGACAAGACCGUCUCAGUUCAGAUAGGACCAGACAUCACACCAGCUGAAGAGGUUGAACGUAUGAGAACCUUGCUAUUAAGCAGCGCGGCUCAGUAAAUGUUGCAGUGUGUACGUCUAGAGCACAGACCCAUUAUCUCGUUCCACCGAUUACAUUAUUCAUUAAAUCUCGAUCACGAAAGUUCGUAGCC